CACUGGUUUCUCCUGAGGCCUCUCCUUGGCCUGCAGAUGCCACCGGAUCUUCAUGGGGCCUUUUUUCUUAUGACCUCAUUUAACCUUACUUACCUCUUUAAAGUUCCUAUCUCCAAAUACAGUCACAUUCUAAGGUACUAGCCCUAAGGGGUUAGGACUACAACAUAGGAAUUUGGGGGGCACACAAUUCAGCCCAUAACAGGCCCUGAGGUAGCAAUGGGCUUGGCAGGUUCAAGGCGAGGGCAGGGUGACAGGGCUUCAAGUUGGGGUGCGGUGAGGGAUAUGCUUUUAGGGUAGCAGGAAGCCCCUGGAGGCCCGUGUGCCUCUGUGGGCCUCAUGGCUAAUCUGCGGGUGGUUUAUGUGUGAUUGUGCGUCUCUGGAGGACAGAGGAAAGGGCGAAAUCAUGGCUUGGGUCUAUGUCAUGGCUGUCUUGGGGCCACAGAGUAGCCCAUGCAUACAUAGUCUGGGAAGCAAGAACCACCCAUUUCCCUCCCCACCUGAGCUCCCUUUCCUUCUCUUCUCUCCAAGAAUUAAAGGCUGGUGGGUGUCUCACCACUAUGUGUCCACGUUCCUCUCUGGAGUGAUGCUGACCUGGCCCAACGGACUAAUUUAUCAGAAGUUUCGUAAUCAGUUUUUAGCGUUUUCCAUUUUUCAGAGCUGUGUCCAGUUCCUGCAAUAUUAUUACCAGAGGGGCUGCCUCUACAGACUUCGUGCCCUGGGGGAGAGGAAUCAUCUGGACCUCACCGUGGAAGGAUUCCAGUCCUGGAUGUGGCGGGGCCUCACCUUCCUCCUGCCUUUCCUGUUCUGUGGUCAUUUCUGGCAGCUCUACAAUGCCGUCACGUUGUUUGAGUUCUCCAGCCACGAGGAAUGCAGAGAAUGGCAG